ACGAAAUGCGUAAGUCAGCGCUAAGUGCUACGGAAAAAGAAAUGGCCGAAGAAACAGAAAUAGAGGAGGUGGAAGAAACAGGAGACAUAGAAGAGAUGGAUUCUGUAGAAAAAACAGUUGUAUAA